AAAGCGUUCACUUUUCUCCUAGAUCGGAGCUUCUUCUUCCUCCAUUGUUAAUCGAGCAUCAAAUUCUCUCAGAAUAAUCGAUUUGAGGUUUAGAGAUCAGAAGGACAAGCAGGUAACAGGUGGUUUGUUUCGAUGUCUUCAAGCACUAUUAGGAAAGCGAUUGGGGUGGUUAAAGACCAAACUAGUAUUAGUAUAGCCAAAGUGGCAGGCAAUGUAGCACCUGAUCUUGAGGUGCUCAUUGUAAAAGCAACAGGCCAUGAUAUUGAGCCUGCUGAAGAUAAGUAUAUAAGGGAGAUCCUUCACCUUAUAUCUCAAUCUAGAGGAUAUGUGAGUGCAUGUGUUUACAAUAUUUCAAAGCGAUUGAGCAAAACCCAUGAUUGGGUUGUUGCAUUAAAGGCCUUAAUGCUUGUACACAGAUUGUUAGUUGAUGGGGAUCCGGUGUUUGGUCAAGAGAUGAUGUGUGCCAGCCGAAAAGGGACCAGGGUUUUGAAUAUGUCAGAUUUCCGUGUUGAGGCUCUUUCCAAUUACUGGGAUCAUUCAGGGUUUGUGAAAAAUUACGCCAUGUAUCUUGACCAGAAGCUUGAAUUCAUAGCAUUCGAACGAAAACUAAGUGCUGUUAAUGACAGGUAUGGGGACUUUAGAGAGGAACCCGGUUACGGAAUUAGUCAUAAGUCAAAAUCUUAUGGUGAUUUAUACGAAUCAAUAGUACGAGGGGAUAGAAAAGACAUAAAAGUGGCAACUCCAGUUAGGGAGAUGAAGCCGGAUAGGGUUUUGGAAAGAUUGAAUAAGCUGCUUCGGCUUAUUGAUCGUGUCUUAUGUUGUAGACCUGCCGGAAGUGCAAAAAGUAGCAGAAUGGUGCUUGUUGCACUGUACCUUGUUUUGAAUGAAAGUUUUCGUAUUUAUGCUGAUAUAUGUGAGGCACUGGGAGUUUUGCUUGAUAGGUUUCCAGAAAUGGAGUAUGCUAACAGUGUCAAGACUUUCGAUGAAUACGUUAAUGCAGCUAAAACGAUCGAUGAGCUUGUGGAUUUUUACUCAUGGUCAAAGGAGUUGGGAGUCGCUAGAGCCGCAGAGUUCCCAGAGGUGCAAAAGAUUACUGAUAAGGUUUUGGGAACACUAGAGAGAUUUCUAAGAGAAAAGAAAAAUAAGCUCAAGAAAAACAAGGAAGAAGGUUCAUCACCGAAUAUGAAUGGCAACACACCACCAUCUGGGGGCCAAGCAAUUGGAGACCUAUUGAAUUUGAAGGAUGAUACGGUGCCAGCUGAUGAUCAUCGGAAUACAUUGGCGCUUGUCUUGUUAUCUGGACCACCGAGUGCAGAGGGUAAAGGGUCAUGGGAGGUUUUUUCGAACGGAGAGAAUGAAAAGACGUCUGCAUGGCAGACACCGGUGGCCGAGAGUGGAAAAGCCGAUUGGGAACUGGCGUUGGUGGAAUCCGCUAGUAACCUACCGAAACAGAAGGCUAACAUUGCGGGUGGCCUUGAUCCUGUAAUGCUGAAUGGCAUAUAUGAGCAAGGGGGAGUGAGUUAUAAUCAGGUCGGUGAAGGAAGUACCAGUAGCAUGGUGACAUAUGGAUUGGGGAGAAGUGCAACACCUGUGUUAGCAUUGCCUGCACCUAACGAAACCGUACAGCCAGUGGACCCACAAGAUCCUUUUGCAGCAUCGCUCAUGGUCCCACCUCCGCCAUACGUGCAGCUUGCUGACCUGGAGAAGAAACAGAGUUUUCUUGCACAGGGACAACAAGCAUGGCAACAAUAUGGAAAUGGAAGCAAUACUACGAUGGGAAAGAUCAAUGCUGGUGUUGCUACUUACAAUGGCAUGGGACAACAAGCAGGGUACAACUAUGCACAUUAUUGAUCAAUUUUUCUUCAUAUUAUGUUUUGAUGCUCGAUUCUACAGAGGAAUUUUCUAAAAAAAACUAUUUUUCAACUCGUUUUACAUCUUUGAGUUGUGUAAAAAGAUAUUUGAUUCCCUAAAUAAAAUUUAAGCGGCAUCAU